CAUCUAGUAAUUAAAACUAGCUCCUCUUCCACCAUUUCUGUAUAAUCAGAGUGAUCAAAUUCAAAGCUUGGGACUCCUUAAAGAGAACACAGCAUGAAGUUACUGGGUUGGAUGCACAGGAAAUUCCGGCAAAAUAGCAGUGAGCCACUCAAAGAUUUGGCACUUGGGAACGCUUGUUCUUGUCUUACAGGGCAACCCUCACUUGAUGACCAACAAGGCUACCCGAAGCCAAACUAUGGUGCCAAACCAUUCCGGCAAGGCCAGAAAGAGCACCAGCUUCGAAACUCUUUCGCGGGCUUAGAAGCUGCCCGAGUAGAAGAAGAAGAUUAUGAAGAUCAAGAAACUUCAGCUGCACUAUCUGAACUAUUCCAUGGCUUUCUUGCAAUUGGCACCCUUGGUUCUGAACCUAAUGUUAAUGUUCCAUCGACACCAACAUUUGGUAUCUCUGUUGAGAAUAUAACUGAGAAGGAAACUGAAGUGACAGAAAAUGAAUUGAAGCUCAUCAACGAUGAGUUGGAGAAAGUUCUAGGAGCUGAAGCUAAUAAAGAAGACGGCUGCAAUGAGUCAUCAGGGAGAAACAGUCACGUGAGUAAUGGAAGGAGCAGUCAUGGAAGCACCAUUACUCUUAGUGGGAAGCCAUUGGAAGGCUCAGACAACAAUGGGAAUGGAUUUACGGUGUGUCCACUCCAGGGAUAUCUUUUCGGUUCAGCAAUUGAAUUGUCUGAAACCACAACGGUGGCAAAGAAGGAACAUAGAACAUCGCUUGGAGAGCUUUUCCAGAGGACUAAAGUAGCUGAGGAGAAUCCUAAUUCCGGAAGUAAAUACGAGAGGGAGGAGAAGCGAACAGACAAAGAAGCAGAUAAAUCAGCUGUACAACUUAUGAAAAAGAUGUUAAAGAAAAAAAUGCUUCAUGCUUCCAGGAGCACCACUGGUGGAGGUGUUGAUUCUGCUUCAGCAGAAACAAAACUGCACAAGAUCCUGCAUAUGUUCCAUAGGAAAGUUCACCCUGAGAGUUCCACAACCACAAAAAAGAAUGAUAAGCCCCCAAAAAAAAAGAACAGAAAGAGUAUGGGGUAUGAAGGAGGAGUAGACAAUGGAGGUCAGAUGGUCCCAGAUGAAGACAUCAUGAUAUUUCCUCAGAGAAACCUCUCUAAAGAAAAGAUAAGACGCUACAAGAGCCAAUCCAACCCACCACAAUUCACACUUGGUGGCUGUGACUCAAAUGGAAACAGAGAGUACUGGAUCAAAACAGACGCUGACUACCUGGUGUUGGAGCUCUAAGAGGAAGAGGCUGAGGAAGAAGAAGUCUAAGUGUGAAGAAGCAUAAUUAUGUUUGUAAGAAUGUCAUUAUAUAAGUGGUUGUGGGUAGUAAUAUAUAAGCAUGUGAGUGAUUAUUAUAAUUAAGAAGAGCUUGAAUGAAACAAAUAAAUAAAGGAGGCACUCCUCCUAGAAACCUCCCUGUGGCUAUG